CCGUAUUUGAACGACAUCCUCUGCUUGUUUAUUUUUUAUCUCAAGGUCAUAGUUCAUCCCGCUGACACUGUCAUUGCCAUUUCUAUUGCGACGCACCCACACAUACACAGCGAGCAAUGUACCGACUCAAGCUGCCCAACCGCCGACAGAUUGCAGCAUUCAUAAGCAAAGACAAGUGGACAAGCACACGCGCGGCCGACGUGGCCAACCCAAUCCCGGAGUUCUGGGAUUUUAAGGGCCGCGGCCGGCGCAUGCGUGAGCACUUUUCGCUGCGCGAGUUCAGCGGCGCCUUGGGGGACAUUGGCACGCUCGUGCCCAUUCUGAUUUCGCUGACCGUGCAGGGCUCAGCCAGCCUGACAGCCUCAUUGUUUUUUGGUGGCCUGUGGAAUAUGAUGACGGGCUUUUUCUACGGCAUUCCAAUGUGCGUGCAGCCUAUGAAGUCGAUCGCGGCGAUUGCAUUGGUAAACAAGUUCACACCCGGCGAGCUAGCCGGCGCCGGGCUGGGAGUUUCAGCCAUUGUGUUUUUCCUGGGCGUCUCGCGCCUGCUGUGGCUGGUUACCCGCUUUGUGCCACUUCCUGUGGUCAAAGGGCUGCAGCUAGGCACCUGCUUCCAGCUGUGCAAGAAAGGAGUUGACCUCGUCAAGACCAACGCCUCGUUUUGGGGCGACGGAAUCAUUUGGAGCGAUAACCUGUGGUGGGCCGUGGCGUCGUUCCUGCUGGUGCUGAUGGUCUACGAGCGGCGGAGGGUGCCUGUAGCGCUGGUUAUUUUUAUUCUGGGCAUUGUGUUUGCGCUGGCGCAAACCGGCGCUCACGACGAGUUUGGACGCGUGCAUCCGGGGGCCCACUUUGUGCACACUGUGGUGCCAACCGCAAAGGAGUUCCGCUCAGGCUUUCUCAGCGCCGGGCUGGGCCAGCUGCCACUGACGCUGCUCAACUCGGUCGUGGCGCUGGCUGCGCUGGCGCGGGAUUUGUUUCCAGGCUACGACCCAUCGAUGACACACAUCACCAUAUCACUCGGCGUGAUGAACGUGGUCGGAUGCUUCUUCGGGUCAAUGCCGUUCUGCCAUGGCAGCGGUGGACUGGCCGGGCAGUACUUCUUUGGCGCACGCACGGAGCUGUCGAUGUACUUUCUGGGGGCCAUCAAGAUCAUCAUUGGAGUUGUUUUCGGCGAGUCCCUGUUGGUCAUUCUCAAGUGGUUUCCCAAGUCGUUUCUCGGCGUCAUGUUGUUCAUGGCGUCAAUCGAGUUGGGCCUGGUCACACGUAACUUUACGCUGCACCCGCACAACGAAAGGCGCCGCACCCAGGACUUUGUCGUGCUGCUGGCAACGGCCGCCUCGCUGGUCGGUUUCUCGCAUGAUGGGCUGGGCUUCGUGAUCGGCAUGGUCACCGCCCUGAUUUUCUGGUUUCACCGCGUGCUUGCCCAAAGCGACGGUGACGGCGACGGAGAUGGUGGCAGCUGCGGCGAUGGACAGUCAGCAGCCGCACAUUGUCUGGCCGCAACACCCAGCGAGGGCAGCGUGCUGGGCGGCAGUGCCAAGCUUAUCGACAGCACAGGCCCGUGUUAUGGAGGCAACUUUGAUUCCCAUUCAGGCGUUGAUGCGCAAACGCAGGGCCAGGGCCAGGGCCAAAUCCAAGCCCUGAGGGCGCAAGAGGCAAUGCAAAACUGCUGCUGCUGACGCUUGCAAACAAUACAUUUUAUGUCGUACAUCAUUGUGGGUGCGAGAGCGAGUGCGGGUGUGGGUGUGGAUGCACAAAUAAAAAGGGGCAAGUUUGUCCGUUUUACGCUCAUCCCCAUCCCUUCGUAUUUUUUGUUAAAACUUUUCCUUCUCU